AUGGCGAAAGUUCUCGAAAAUAUAGACGACGAAUUGUUUAUUAAUGAAAUUAAAGAAAACGAAUGUAUCUGGAACUACAGCAGUGAAUUGAACAGUGACAAAAUAAAGAAAGAUGGUGCAUGGAGAGCCUUAUGCGAGAAAUUUGAUCCUGAUUUCAACGAAAAAAGUGUAAAGGAAAAAAAUGAUAUUGGUAAACCUCAUUACGCUCGCAGUUUAACUAUCACCAGCCCUCAUACUCGCAGUUCAGCCAUCAGUCAUCGUCAUCCUACUCGCAGCCAAGCUAUGAUGAUUUCAGUAGUGGCUACAGUACUGGACCUCCUCAAGCAUCUACCAGUCGACCACUUCAAACUACGAGACUUGAAGAAACAGAUGUUUUGUCUCCUGCUGAUACUGAAGCAUCGCAGUCGUCGAUACAUAGCAUUUUCUGAUAAUUUGAAAUAA